UAUCGGUCGCACCUGCAACUGUCCUGAAACGGGGGUGUAAUUCCGGGUGCGGAUGCUCCUAGACCGACCUCCCGCAGCGCAAUCGUCGGAGCUAGAAUAACAGCUUAACCUCGCGCUCUCAACGUGGUCUCUCUUUCUCUUCUCUCUUCUAUCGCACAUAUUUCUUGUUCUCCUUUUGUUUUUCUUUUCUCUCAUACAAUUACAGAGUCAUGUCUGGUCGUUUCGUCCGAUCCUCCAAAUACCGUCACGUCUUUGGGCGGUCGACAAAGAAGGAACAAUGCUACGAUAAUCUUCGAGUCUCCGCGAAUGCCUUCGAUACCAACCUGGUCAAGGUCAACCCUCGCUAUCUGUCCGUAAACUGGGAAGCCGGUGGUGGUGGUGCUUUUGCUGUCAUUCCCCUUAAUGAGCGUGGCAAAUUGCCCGAGAGAAUCCCCCUAUUCCGCGGUCACACCGCUGUGGUGCUGGACACCGACUGGAACCCUUUCAACGAUGAGUUGCUUGCGUCCGGUUCUGAUGACGGAAAGAUCUGUCUCUGGCGAGUGCCUGAAGAUUUCACUGUCCGUCCUGACAUCGAGCCGGACCUAAUCCAAGAUGUAACCCCCGUGGGUAAGCUGAGCGGUCAUCCCAAGAAAGUCGGAUACACGACCUUCAACCCCGCUGCAGAGAACAUUUUGGCGACGGCCUCGGGCGACUUCACAGUGAAGAUUUGGGAUAUUGAAGCCGGUGCUGCCAAGUUGACCUUGAAGCUGGGCGACAUGGCACAGUCGCAGUCGUGGAGCGCUAACGGUUCCCUCCUCACUACCACCUCGCGUGACAAGAAGCUGCGGAUAUGGGAUACCCGCCAGGAACGCCCUGCGUAUGAGACACAAGGACACUCGGGUGCCAAGAACAGUCGUGUUGUUUGGCUGGGUGAGCGCGACCGGAUCGCGACCACCGGUUUCUCUAAGAUGAGUGACCGCCAGCUGGCACUGUGGGAUAUUCGUGCUCCUCGCGAGCCCAUCACCGGAUUCAAGACGCUGGACUCGAUCUCCGGUGUGUGCAUGCCGUUCUGGGAUGAGGGUACGCAAAUGUUGUACUUGGCCGGCAGAGGUGACGGAAACAUCCGGUACUUCGAACUGGAGAACGACAAAUUUGAGUUCCUCGCUGAAUACAAGUCUGGCGACCCUCAGCGUGGUAUUGCUUUUAUGCCCAAGCGUGGUGUCAACGCCCACGAGAACGAAAUCGCCCGGGCCUACAAGACCGUCAACGACAACUAUAUCGAGCCCAUCUCUUUCAUCGUCCCCCGUCGGUCAGAGAACUUCCAGGAUGACAUCUACCCACCUACUGCUGGUCUCACCCCUGCCAUGAGUGCCGCAGACUGGCUCUCGGGCAAAGAGGCCCUUCCUCCCAAGAUCUCCAUGGCCAGCCUGUACGAAGGCGAGGGCCUGAAGGAGGUUACCGGUGUGCAGGACAAGCCUACCACGACGGUUGGGUCGUCCGACUCCAAGCCUGAGCCGGAACCCCAGCCUAAGCCCACGCCACCAUUGCCUGUUAAGGCUCCUGAACCGGCUCCCGAACCGGUUCCCGAGCCCACUCCUGCUGUGAAGCCGGCGCCAUCUAUGAAGGAACAGGGUGCAUCCAUGGCCGCUAUGGUGAACAAGUUCACCGACUCGGAAGAGGAUCGCGAACCAGUGAACGAGGACUCGAGCUUCGACGAAGUGCCCAAAUCAGUUGAGCGCCCUUCUCGUUCUGCAACGGAGGCUGAAUCGCCGUCUGUCAAGUCCAGCCCAUGGCACCAGAAGGAGGAGCCUAAGUCGCAACAGUCUCCUGUCCAGACCCCCACCGUGGCAUCGACACCCGUCUCCGGAGAAUCAACCCUGACUGCUACCGCCACCGUCGCGGCCGAUACCGUGACACGUGAAAUCAGUGAGAUCAAGUCUUUGAUCGCGGUGCAGACCAAGACCAUCGCAUCCCAGGCAGACCAGGUCCAGACUCUGACUGCGGAGAUUGAGUCCCUCAAGGCCAAGCUGGGCUAGCCUGGGUUCCGUACUUGUUGCUAUGUAGCUCUGCCAUUUUUAUACGCCUUUCUCCUAUUUCCUAAUACUUUUACUUGUUGAGCCUGCACAAAAGAAUCGUUGGUCCUGUCUCGUUUUGUUGUAGCCUGGAUGUCUGUAUAUCGGUUGAUAUCAAUUGGGCUAGAUAGAUGGUUGCAAUUCAGUACUGUAGUAUAUGUGGUUUGUUUUUGACUACAAAUAGAUAUCAAUCUCUUUGAACUCGAU